GCGCAGUCCUGGCGGUGCCGGGCUGAGCUGGCAGCUCCGACUCGGGGGUGGCCCCGGGGCGUCAUGGCCGAGGCCAACGGGGAAGUCGUCGCGGUGCCCCCGUCGGGGGCUGCCGGCGGCCUCAGCAAUGGGGCAGGUGGGGCCUCGGCGCAGACCAGCAACCCGCUGUCGCGGAAGCUGCAUAAGAUUCUGGAGACGCGGCUGGACAACGACAAGGAGAUGUUGGAAGCUCUCAAGGCCCUUUCAGCUUUUUUUGUUGAAAACAGUUUGCGGACUCGACGAAAUUUACGUGGAGAUAUUGAACGCCGGAGUUUAGCCAUCAAUGAAGAAUUUGUAAGCAUUUUCAGGGAGGUGAAGGAAGAACUUGAAAGCAUAAAUGAGGACGUCCAGGCAAUGAGCACCUGUUGUCACGAUAUGACAAGCCGCCUGCAGGCAGCGAAGGAGCAGACUCAAGAUCUAAUAGUGAAAACCACCAAGCUUCAAGCAGAAAGUCAAAGGUUAGAAAUAAGAGCACAAGUGGCUGACGCUUUCUUAUCCAAGUUCCAACUCACUUCUGAGGAAAUGAGUCUUCUCCGAGGCGUCAGAGAAGGACCUAUCACUGAGGAUUUUUUCAAGGCUUUGGGAAGAGUAAAACAGAUUCAUAAUGAUGUCAAAGUUCUCCUGCGUACGAACCAACAAACAGCAGGUUUAGAAAUUAUGGAACAGAUGGCCUUGCUUCAAGAAACAGCUUAUGAAAGACUUUAUCGAUGGGCUCAAAGCGAGUGCCGAGCGCUGACGCAAGAGUCGUGCGACGUGUCUCCCGCCCUGACCCAGGCGAUGGAAGCCCUGCAGGACAGGCCUGUCUUAUACAAGUACACCUUGGAUGAAUUCGGAACGGCCAGGAGGAGCACGGUUGUCCGUGGGUUUAUCGACGCUCUCACGAGAGGGGGCCCGGGAGGCACCCCUAGGCCCAUUGAGAUGCACUCCCAUGACCCUUUGAGAUAUGUAGGAGACAUGUUGGCCUGGCUCCAUCAAGCCACUGCUUCUGAGAAAGAACACCUGGAAGCUCUCUUGCGGCAUGUGACCGCACAAGGUGUUGAAGAAAACAUUCAAGAAGUUGUUGGGCAUAUCACUGAGGGUGUGUGCAGGCCUCUAAAGGUUCGGAUUGAACAAGUAAUCGUUGCUGAACCGGGGGCAGUUUUAUUAUAUAAAAUUUCUAACCUCCUUAAAUUUUAUCAUCAUACAAUCAGUGGCAUUGUUGGAAAUAGUGCAACUACAUUGUUGACUACCAUUGAAGAAAUGCAUUUGCUGAGCAAAAAAAUAUUCUUCAAUAGCUUGAGUCUUCAUGCAAGUAAAUUAAUGGACAAGGUUGAACUCCCUCCGCCUGAUCUUGGGCCAAGUUCUGCAUUAAAUCAGACACUGAUGUUGCUGCGUGAAGUUUUGGCAUCUCACGAUUCUUCAGUUGUACCAUUAGAUGCCCGUCAAGCUGAUUUCGUGCAGGUUUUAUCGUGCGUCUUGGAUCCCCUGCUCCAGAUGUGCACGGUGUCCGCUAGCAAUUUAGGUACAGCUGACAUGGCCACGUUCAUGGUCAACUCACUGUAUAUGAUGAAGACGACGUUAGCCAUGUUCGAAUUCACUGACAGGCGUCUGGAAAUGCUGCAGUUUCAGAUUGAAGCACACCUGGACACCCUUAUAAAUGAGCAAGCUUCUUAUGUCCUAACGAGAGCGGGCUUGAGCCACAUCUACAACACCGUACAGCAGCACAAACCCGAGCAGGGCCCUUUAGCGAACUUGCCCAACCUUGAUUCUGCGGCGCUGAAGGUGGCAAUGGUUCAGUUUGAUCGCUAUCUCUCGGCCCCAGACAACCUGUUGAUGCCGCAGCUGAACUUCCUUCUGAGCGCCACGGUGAAGGAGCAGAUCCUCAAACAGUCUACGGAGCUGGUCUGCAGAGCCUACGCGGAGGUACAUGCUGCUGUGAUGAGCCCAGCCAACGGCUACGAAGACCCAGAGAGUGUCCUGUACCGGUCGCCGCAGCAAGUGCGGACGCUGCUCUGCUGACCGCGUCCUGUGGUGGCGGCCAGAUACCACGUCCCUAGGACACUGGGCGUGGUUUUCUCGGUUUUUAGGCUGUUAAUCUUCACAUUGAGAUUUGAUGGUUACAGUUUUCUUUGCAUCGUAAGAUAGUAAGUCCCGGUAAUUGCUUUAUUUGGGCACAAUAAUGUGCGAGUAAGGGAUGUAUGUGGCCCUGCACCGGUGUUGCUGUGCGUCUCCUCUAGGGGGCACCCUGUUCUCUGCGAGCCGCCUCCCCAGCUCUGCAGUUGCCCUCUCUUCUGGAAUGUGGCGAUGAGGGGGACAAAGCAGUAUGAGAGAUGGGAGGGAUCUUUUUAUAAGAUUGGUUUUAACUGUAUGUAAAAAAUUAAACUUAAGAAUUACUAGGAGGAUAUGACCUAAUAAAUGUCUCUUUACCUGAAGAUCCAUUUGCUCUCUCACUGGUCAUUAAUGUGAGCAGGUAUACCUGAACUGAGGAGCAGAAAUACACACUCAGCACAAAGUGGGAAAAGGGAGAGAGAAAAAUAACAAACAGAGCGGAUGCCUCUCUGUGAGCCCUGGGCCGAGUUCAGCGUGAAGUGUAUCCCGUGUGUGAGCGUCCUGUGUGGCGUGUAAGUCUCGUAUUUAAAGACAGAUGCUUGUUACACAGGGCAGGCUCUCAGUUCAACCAGGUAAAGCUUUUGUCUGACGUUCAAACCCGAGGGCUAUGACCUGCGCCAACACCGGAGGGAAAACGCCAGAGUGGCCGUCGUUACCCGGCAGAACGGAUGGCGGUCUCCAUGGUGGCCCCUUGCCAGGAAUGGCUGGGGCUCUCACUUUAGAGCUCUGCAUGUGACCUUGCUCUGUCGGUAAGGUUUUGAGGAGAAUUCUUACUAGCAAGAUAGCUUACUUUCUGGUAAGUCAACAGAAAGAAGUUAAGUCUCUGAAUUAUAAAUGAGAAAACUGAGGCAUAAGGAGAAGUUGACUAGGUUAAGAUAUUUUGAAAAGCAGUAAGAAGAAAUUAAUGUUUAUAUAACAAAUCAGCAUUUAUAGAACAUAGCCUCGUCAUCUAUCUGAAAUUUAUAAUUGUUUACAUUAAUAUUCUUUUGGAGCAAGAAGAGUAUAUAUCAUCUUUUGUUAUAAAUCUGUAUUUUUAGUCUUUUUUUCUUCAAUGACUGUGUGUGAUAUAUAAAGUAUAGAAAAUAAAGGAUGAUAUAAGUCAAGAGCUUAAAUUUUAGAUAAUUUAUUUUUACUAUGAAAAAAGAUUACCACCUCAUUAAUAGUGAAUUCCUUUGUUUUCUAGGGAGAAAAGUAUAUGUCACCUUUUACCUAGUUUUCACAAAUAAAAUAUUAAACUACUUCUAGAGCAGUGAUCAUUACAGUAUGUUUUUUACAUCUUUUUAAAGUGUUUUUGAGAAAAUGUACUAAUAGAAAAGGAAGUACAGUAUAGGGUCAAGCUGAGAUAACCAAUGGAGGAUUGAUGUGGAGAAUGUGGUAUCAGUAUGACCUUAAUAUGUAUUAAAAUACAUAUUAAGAAGUUCACCAAACUCCAAGUAGGAUAAACUCAAAGAGAUUCACACUAAUACCUAUAAACUAUAAAAGCCAAAGACUAAGAGGGAAUCUUGGUAACAGCAGGAGAGGUAACCAUCAUGUCUAAAUGAUUCUCAGUAAGAGUAACACCUGAUUUAUCGGAAACCAUAAAGACCAGAUACAAAGUGUUGAAAGAACAAAACUGUUAACUUAGACUUCUGUAUCCUGCAAAACUGCCUGUGAAAGUAUAGGCAGAAUUAAGACAUUCCCAGAUAAACUAUUACACCUUGCCUACAUGAAUGUUAAAGGAGGUCCUUGAGGCUGAAAUGAAAGGAUAUUAGAAAGUGAAUCAAUAAAACAGAGAAUAGCAAAGAAAUAGAAGGCUUGGGCAACACUACAGACUAGCUAGAAUUAAUAGAUACACAUAUAACAACAGCAGAGUACACAUUUCUCUGAAGUGCACGUGCUGUGUUCUCUAAGAUCAUAUCUAUAAAUUCACAUCUCAAUAACUUUAAAAAGAUUAAAAUUAUACCAGGAAUGUUCUCCAACUACAAUGACAUGAAGUGAGAGAUCAAUAACAAGGGAAAUUUGAGAAUACAUAAAUAUAUGGAAAUUUAAUAAGACACUCUUUAAGUAGCCAGUUGGUCAAAGAAGGAAUCACAAAGAGAAUCAGAGAAAACUUUGAGAUGAAUGAAAGUUUGACAGGAGGCAGCAAAAACAGUGCCCAGAGGAAAAUGUUUCGCUUACAUUAAAGAAAAAGAAGUAAGGUAACCUACUCUUACACCAUAGAAAACUAGAGAGAAGAAUAAAAUGAAAGCAAAAAAGAAGUAUAGCAUACAUACAUAGAGAAAACACAGAAUAGAAAAAUAACAUUUCAGUGAGUGAGUGUGCUAACCAUUCCGUAACCCAUGCAUUGAGUACAGAUGUUUGAACACAUGUAAAAAUGCUGUUGUAAAACUUUUCUUCCACAGCCUAUUGAGAAGAGUGUUAUUUUUUGAGACUGCUGACCAUGAUGUGAUGCAGACAGACAAGUGUCUAAAGACACACGUAAGAAGAUGAUUCUAGGAGUGCUCCCUGCUCAGUCAUGUUGAGAAUAAUGUUAUUUUAGUUACUGGGGGUGCUUACCAUGAAGUACUGCAAGUAGAAAGGUAUUGAAAUAUAUACAAAAAAAAUAUAUAGAAUAGGAAAUUUGGUUCCUUGAAAUGACAGACAAAAAUUUGAUUAGCCUUUAGCUAGACCAAGAAAAGAGCAGACUCAUAUUACUAAAAUCUGGUAUGAGGGAGGGGACAGACGUUACAACUGGCCUUACGAAGUAAGUAGGUUAACAGAACUAAGAAGAAUUAUAUAUCAACAGUUAAGUAACAUAGAGGGAAAGGACAAGUACCUAUAGAAACUCAAACUAAACUGACUCAAGGAUAGAUAGAGACUCUAAAUAGACCCACAGCAAAGAAAUUGAGUCAGUAAUCUACAUUUGCGACAACAGCAACAACAAAAAAGCUCAGGUUCAGGUGGCAUCAC